AUGGCUUCUAACGACAAAUGGCGCGUUGGAGAAUUCGGCAGCAGGCCUGUACGAGUGGCUAAUUGUUCCGGUUACCAUGGAGAUCCCGCCAUUGAGAUGUACAAGCAGGCUACGUUGGGUGAUGUCGACUUUAUAACUGGCGACUACCUCGCUGAAGUGAACAUGGCGAAUAAUGCGGAAGCAUAUGCGAAAGGACAACAUCCAGGUUACGAGGCUACUGCAUUGAAGGGUCUUGAGCUUUCGAUCGAUGCCAUCGCAGACAAGCGUAUUAAAGUCGCCAUCAACGGUGGAGCACUUAAUCCUGAAGGUCUCGCUGUGAAAGUAGCAGCUUUGGUUGCUGAAAAAGGUUAUAAUCUCAAGGUAGCCUAUGUUUCCGGUGAUAACGUGCUUCCGAAGCUCGGUAAACACAUGCCACAAAACAGAGAAAGCGCGUUGGCUCAUCUUGAUUCUCUGAAUGACCAUGUCACCCUCACUCCUGAGACUUACAUAUUCGCCAAAGGUGGCGAUGAACCUCGAGAAAUAGUGUCUGCCAAUGCUUAUCUCGGUGCUCACGCCAUAUAUGAAGCAUUUCAACAGGGUGCCGACAUCAUCAUAUGCGGCCGAGCUUCUGAUGCCAGCCCCGUCAUCGCCUGCGCAUGGUACUGGUGGUCGUGGAGCAACACCAGCUACGAUGAACUGGCUGGUGCCUUGGUCGCAGGACACUUGAUUGAAUGCUCAGCCUAUGUCACCGGCGGUAACUUUGCAGGCUUUGACGCUUUUGAUCUUGAGAACUUUGUCGACCCUAGUUUUCCGAUUACUGAGAUUGCACAAGAUGGCUCUUGUGUCAUCACAAAGCAUGAGGGUACAGGCGGUAUGGUCACUGUCGAUACAUGCAAGUCCCAGUUGGUGUAUGAGUUGCAGGGUGAUGUCUACAUUAACAGUGAUGUGAAAGCCUACCUGGACAAUAUUGAGAUGGAUCAGGUUGGCCAAGACAGAGUUCGCGUUCACGGAGUUCGCGGUGCGCCACCACCAGAUACCACGAAGCUCGCGCUCUUUUACAAAGGAGGCUAUGAAAUGCAGGCUUUGUUCAACGCAACAGGUCACAAUUUUGAACAAAAGUUUGCGCUUCUUGAAAAACAAGUCCGUUUUCAUCUUGGAGAAGAGAAGCUCAGUCAUCUAGACUUUCUCGAAUUUCAGAGGAUUGGCGUGCCAGCUGUGAACCCUGCCAACCAAAACAGCGGUACUGUCUAUCUCCGCAUCUUUGCUCAGUCAACGAAAGUAGAAGCUCUCCAGGCAAUUAUGAUGGCCAUUGGAAGCAUCUCAUUGAAGCAUUACUCAGGUUUCCACAGCUCUUUGGAUUUUCGCUCCGCUAUGCCUCGUCCAUACCUGGCAUAUUAUCCAGCUCUGUGGCAGCAAGCCAAACUUGAAGAAAAGUUCCAUUUUGUGGACGGAACUAGCACAACGAAAUCUUUCAAGACUACACCUCCUCCUCGGUUUGAGAUAAUGGAAGAAAGGGCGUCUUAUGACACCAAGUUACCAACGGCUCUUGGCGGUGGAGCUAUUGAAGUGCGAUUGGGCAGUGUCGCCCUAGGCCGUUCUGGAGACAAGGGGGCCAAUUUGAACUUUGGCUUGUUCGUUGACACGCAAGCCAAGUGGGACUGGCUGCGCUCAUACAUGUCUCGAACCAAGGUACAAGAGCUUUUGGGAGAAGACUGGCGUCCAGAGUUUUCUAUUGAGCGUGUUGAGUUUCCCAAGAUCUUUGCUGUGCACUUUGUUGUAUAUGGUAUCCUCGGCCGUGGAGCAUGCGAUCAUUGUCGCAAGGGCAAGGUCCGAUGCGAUGGAAUCCGGCCAGUUUGUGGACGUUGUCAGGGUUGCGGAAACAACUGCCAUUAUGCAGACGUUGACAAACCCGAUCCACGUCAACGACGAUCUAAGGUAUCGUCUCAGAAUUCGACAGAUGAUUCAAUUGAGGCAGAGAGUUUUGAAGCAGCCGACGCUUCUUCAUCCUUGUUGUCAGACUCUGCAGUAGUCCAAACAGUCACUCAUCCUCAGUUACAUCUUGAUGCCCAUAAUGAGUUUCACAGCUUCACAGAGUCAAGCCCCUGUCACACAUUGACAGCAACGGAUACAAGCCCUCGGGACACGAUAGUUGGUAGCAAUGGAGAUAUGCGCUACUUUGGUCCGCCUUCGGGCAUAUCCCUGGUGUCAACGACCACUCCACGCAAGUCAGGGCAGCAUACACCAGAAUCGUGGUCCAAAUGGACACACCCAUCUGUCGAGCCCUUGUUCACAAAGCGUGUCAUGGAGCCUCUUCCAUCUUGGACUGAGGCAUUCUCCCUUGUCAGUGAAUUCUUUGCUCAUGAACAUCAAGUCUUCCCAUGCUUCAAUGCACCGGCAUUCAUGUGUCUACUAGGCCAACAGUACUCAGGUGCAUGUACUGAGAGUCCAGCGUGGUGGGUCUCACUUAACUCUGUUCUUGCAAUUGCACAACGUCGUCGGGCAGAGGCAGCUCAAUCGGCAGAAGCAGAGGAUCUAGCCUGGGCUUAUGCAUCGAAUGCACUCGCUGGGACUUGGGAUGUUCUCAUGCGUAGUACGCAGUUGUCUUCUGUUCAAGCUCUGCUAGCCAUUGCCUGGUUCUUUAUCGGAACACCAAACCCGCAGCCCAGCUUCAUGCUCGUUGGCUGCGCUGUGCGUCUUGCACACUCAAUAGGCAUACAUGUCGAGAGCCAGGCUCCGUCCGUAAGCCCAGCAGAAGCAAAUAUGAGAAAGAAGGUCUUUUGGAUCGCGAUUUGUCUAGACCGAGAACUAUGUCUCCGAACUGGAAGACCCCCUUGUCAUGAUCUCAACGCUGCCUACAUUGUCCCACCAAUGGGCACCCUGGAUGAAACGGAAAUAAUCAAGACGGUUGAGGGGCUUGAACUGAACCUCUUCAAAGGUCAGAUACAAUUAGCCGUGAUCCAGAGCGCGAUCUAUCAAGAUCUCCAUUCAGGCAAAGCCCCACCGACUUGCAUUGCAGAUUCAGUGGCGGACCUACUGCAGAAGUUGGAGAAUUGGCGUAUUGAAUUUGCGCCGACUCUUACUCAUGAUUCUGCUGGGCGGUGCGAGCAUCAUGGGUUGAUGCGGCUGUACUUUUCCUAUUACAAUGCCGUCAUAGUUGUGAGCCGCGCACACAGCCUAACUUACUGGGUGUCGCCAAAUCACCCAGCAGCGUCAGCGCUCCCUUCAAAGAUGAGAGACUCCAUAGAGAAUUGUCUCAACGCGUCCCGAUGCAUCAUUGAGUUAAGCAAGCUCAUACCAGUCACACGGAAGAGCUUUCACUGGGAUAUCAUUUCAAUACCAAUGAGCGCUGUUGUUAUUCUCUGUAUCAUGGCAAUUCGGAAUCCUAUGAAUGAGUUCGCAACAAAUGACAUGCGCUCUGUUGGUGACGUCAUGCACAUUUUUAAAACACUAGACGAGGCGUAUGGCAGUACCUACUUGACUCAGGUCCAAAAGGUCUGCCAAGAACUAUACAGAAAGGCCCAUUACGCCGUGCAAUCUUCAAAUGCACAAUCAGUUGGGUCUAUUAAUGUAGAGACUCCUGCUCUUCAAGACAACCAGAAAGAAAGUCACCAGACGCACCAUACUGACAACAUGUUUGAGUUCAAUCUGGAUGCCUUUGAGCAGUCGAUGCCUUAUCCACUUCCGAUGGUUUGGGACUUGGAUACAUCACUGUGGACUUCAAUUAUAUAG